AUGGGGGACGACGGAGGCAGCACAGAGCGGGGCAUCCGCAUUGCCAUUGAUCGAGGUGGCACCUUCACCGACUGCGUAGGAAAUCCCGGCACAGGUAAGAUGGAAGACGACAUCAUCAUCAAGCUGCUUUCAGAGGACCCCGCCAACUACAACGAUGCGCCGCUCGAAGGCAUCCGACGACUAAUGUCAAAGUUUACGGGGCGAGAGAUCCCUCGCGGUGAGCCUUUGGACACCGCCAAAAUCGAGUCUAUCCGAAUGGGCACAACAGUCGCUACCAAUGCACUACUCGAGCGAAAAGGUGAGAAGAUGGCCAUGGUCGUCACCAAGGGCUUCAAGGACUGCCUCGAGAUCGGCAACCAGAGCCGGCCGAAGAUCUUUGACCUUGCCAUCCGCAGACCGGACGUGCUGUAUCAAAAGGUCGUGGAGAUCGACGAGCGAGUGACACUCGAAGACUAUGCCGAGGAUCCUCACCGGAACCAGACCAAAACCGAGGCGAAGCAUGACCAGCAUGAGAAGCAUGAGCUCGUGCAAGGGCUCUCAGGUGAAGCUGUCAGGAUCAUGAGGAGACCAACGGAGCAGCACAUCAAGGAGAAGCUUCAAGGUCUGUAUGAUGAGGGUUUUAGAAGUAUCGCUGUGUGCUUGAUGCAUGGCUACACCUUCCCUGCCCAUGAGGCACUGAUUGGUAAGGUUGCCGGAGACAUCGGGUUUGACCAUGUCAGUCUCAGCCACCAGCUGAUGCCCAUGAUCAAAUUGGUUCCUAGAGCCACUUCUGCAUGUGCGGAUGCAUAUCUAACGCCUGCGAUAAAGAAGUACAUCGCAGGGUUCGAAGCAGGGUUUGAGGGUGGCUUGGGCACGGAGAGCGUGAAGAAGGAGUCUGGCGCUAAAGGCGCCCGGUGCGAAUUCAUGCAGUCGGACGGUGGCUUGGUCGAUGUCGACAAGUUCUCUGGACUACGGGCGAUUUUAUCAGGGCCUGCAGGUGGCGUUGUUGGCUACGCCCUGACAUCCUAUGAUCCCGAGACCAAGACACCCGUCAUUGGCUUCGAUAUGGGCGGCACAUCCACUGAUGUAUCCCGAUAUGGGUCGGGCCGCUACGAGCACGUCUUCGAGACAACAACGGCCGGAGUUACCAUUCAGUCUCCCCAGCUUGACAUCAACACCGUUGCCGCAGGUGGUGGUUCUCGGCUAUUCUUCCGAAAUGGUCUCUUCGUUGUUGGUCCCGAGUCUGCUGGCGCCCACCCCGGUCCUGCUUGCUACCGUAAAGAGGGCCCCUUGACGGUUACCGACGCGAAUCUCUUCCUUGGCCGUCUCCUGCCAGAGUUCUUCCCCAAAAUAUUUGGCAAGAAUGAAGACGAAGGCCUUGAUCCUGAUGCCAGCAAGAAGCUCUUUGAGGAGCUUACCGACCAAAUUAACAAAGAGACCGGCAAGAGGAUGUCGGCAGAUGAAGUCGCAUACGGCUUCAUCAAGAUUGCCAACGAGACUAUGACCAGGCCAAUCCGAUCUCUUACAGAAGCCAAAGGUCACGAUACGUCGCAGCACCGUCUCGCAACUUUUGGCGGUGCUGGGGGUCAACAUGCUGUUGCGAUCGCCGAGUCGCUUGGUAUACGCCAGAUCCUGGUACACCGCUACUCCUCUGUCCUCUCUGCUUACGGCAUGGCUCUCGCUGAUGUAGUCGAUGAAUCGCAAGUCCCCGAGUCUCAGGUCUGGGACAUUCAAGGCGGUGCCCGCGAAAAUCUCAAGUCGAAGAUGAACGAGCUCAAGGAACGCUCUCGCAAGCGUCUCAACGACCAAGGAUUCUCUGACGAGAACAUCGAGUAUGAAGAGUACCUCAACAUGCGCUAUCGGGGAACAGAAUCAGCACUGAUGGUGAUCCGCCCCUCCGCCGAGGAGGCCAAAGAGCACCACUCUGAUGAUGAUUGGGCCUUCGGUGCGGCUUUUGUCAAACAGCACGAGCAGGAAUUUGGAUUCACACUUCCAGACCGGGACAUUAUCAUUGAUGACGUUCGUGUGCGUGGGAUCGGAAAGUCUCAAGGUGGAAUGGACAAGACUGCAGACCAACAGCUCAAGGAGAUCAUACCUACGGAGGUAUCGAAAGACAAGGUUCAUUCCUCUGCGGAUGUGUACUUCGAAGGUGGCAGGCAAACAACCUCGAUUUACAAGCUCGAGGACCUCGCCAUCGGCGACAAGAUUCCAGGCCCCGCCAUUAUUGCGGACGGCACGCAGACCAUUGUUGUCACCCCUGGUGCGUCCGCCACAAUUAUCGCCACACACGUUAUAAUCAACAUUGGCGACGAGGAGUCAGCCAAAAAGCCCAACGCCACCGAGAUGGACCCCAUCCUCCUCUCCAUCUUCGCACACCGCUUCAUGGCCAUCGCCGAGCAGAUGGGCCGCGCUUUGCAGAAGACGUCGGUCAGCACCAACGUCAAGGAACGCCUUGACUACAGCUGCGCGCUCUUUGACGCCGAGGGCGGCCUGGUCGCCAACGCCCCGCAUCUGCCUGUGCACCUGGGUAGCAUGUCCACAUGCGUACGCACGCAGGCGGCGAUCUGGAAGGGCAAGCUGAAGCGCGGAGACGUGAUCGUGUCCAACCACCCGGAAUUCGGCGGCACACAUCUGCCGGACAUCACGGUCGUGACGCCAGCAUUCUCCAACAAUGGCGAGAUCGUCUUCUACGUCGCCAGCCGCGCGCACCACGCGGACAUUGGCGGCAUCCUACCCGGGAGCAUGCCACCGCACAGCCGGGAGCUGUACCAGGAGGGCGCGGCCAUCAAGUCGGAGAAGCUGGUGAGCGAAGGCAAAUUCAACGAGGCGCGCAUCACGGAGCUGCUGUAUGAUGAGCCGGCGCAGUACCCAGAGUGCUCGGGCACGCGGUGCCUGGCAGACAACAUCAACGACCUGAAGGCGCAGGUGGCCGCGAACCAAAAGGGCAUCAACCUCAUCUCGACGCUGAUCGACGACUACGGCGAGGAGGUCGUGCAGUUCUACAUGCACGGCAUCCAGGACAACGCGGAGCGCUCGGUGCGCGAGCUGCUGAAGGACGUGAGCCGCCGCUUCGCCGGCAAGGACCUGCACGCCGUGGACUACAUGGACGACGGCAGCCCGAUCGAGCUCAAGGUCAGCAUCGACGCGGAGAAAGGCGAGGCCGUGUUCGACUUUGAAGGCACGGGCCCGGAGGUGUACGCCAACAUCAACGCGCCCGAGGCCGUGACGUACAGCGCCAUCAUCUACUGCCUCCGCUGCCUGAUCGAUCAGGACAUCCCGCUCAACCAGGGGUGUCUGAAGCCGAUCAACGUCCGCAUCCCCGAGGGCUGCUUCCUGAGUCCGAGCGAGAAGGCCGCGGUCGUGGGCGGGAACGUGCUGACAAGCCAGCGCGUCACGGACGUGGUGUUCAAGUGCUUCGAAGCGUGCGCCGCGAGUCAGGGCGAUUGCAACAAUCUGACCUUCGGCUAUGGUGGGAACUUGAAGGGUAGUAAGGAGGAGAAAGGGUUUGGGUAUUAUGAGACCAUUGCUGGUGGCAGCGGGGCGGGUAAGGACUGGGAGGGCACGUCGGGCGUGCAUACGCACAUGACGAACACGAGAAUCACGGACGCAGAGGUGUUUGAGAGGCGGUAUCCUGUCAUCUUGCGGCGGUUCGAAUUGAGGCCGGGGAGUGGCGGCAUUGGGCAGCACAAGGGUGGUGAUGGUGUAGUGAGAGACAUCGAGUUUCGGAUUCCGGUGCAGGUCAGCAUAUUGAGCGAGCGCAGGGUUUAUAGACCGUAUGGCAUGCAUGGGGGUGGGGAUGCACAGUGUGGAAAGAAUGUAUGGGUCAGGAGGGUGAAGAAGUUGCAGGGGAAGGGCAGCGGGGGCGAGCAUGAGGGAAAGAGGCGGGAGGAGGGCGAGCAUGAGUAUGAAGAGCGAUUAGUGAGUAUGGGCGCGAAGAACACUGCUAGCAUGCAGCCUGGUGAGAGAAUCAUUGUGAUGACUCCCGGUGGUGGCGGUUAUGGUGCUGUGAAGGACGAGAAAAACGUACGGCCGCGAGAAGAUCAUGAGCGGAAGUGGGCCAAAGGUUCGGUCGCAUCGAGGGUGGCCGAGUGGGAGAGUAGCAGCUAG